AUGACUAGUCCUCGUGGGCAGUGCGUGGUGUCCGGCGCGCUAGGCCUGGUGCUCCGCAUGUCUCAGAUCGCAGGAGUGGCGCCACUAGGCUUCCAGAAGGUGCGAGAAGGCUGGCGGGUCCACGUGUCCACUGCAGCCAGUUUAUAUGGACGAGUACUUGGAUUUAUACUAUGUGCAAUGUCAGUAACGGCGAUAACAGUGGACAUAUGCUACCAGCCAGAGAACUCUUUCAGAACUCGCAUGAACUCUUCGCGCGUGGUGUGGGUGGCAGACGUGGGAGUGGUGGGGCUGGUGGUGGGGACGGCAACCUUCACUGGCCUUAAUAGGAUGAGGAGCUUCACGAGCUACCUGCUGCAUCUACAGAAGAUUAACCUCAAGCUGAACUACUACUACCCCAAGCAGUCGCACGAGAGGUCCAGGAUGCUGAUCGUCAUCGCGUCGAUGACUCUCACCGUGUUCACUAUCUUCCUCGACUACGGGAUCUUCAUGUAUCAUGUCGUUAACGAAAAUAAGAAAGUUGCAUUAUCCAGCUUGUACGUGUUCUACAACAUAUCGUCCGUGGUGCUCCAGAUCAUUCUCCUGCAGUUCUCACAGAUCGCCACCUCCGUCUGCAUCGCUGUGGAGAGGCUCAACAAAUGCUUGAAGGGCAUGCUCCAAGAAGUCCUUAACAAUUCAUCUGAUGUCAAUAACUUCAUAACACAAAAGGAAAAGCUAGCGAACUCAUAUCUUUACAGCGUUCCAUUCAAAUCGAUUAACAACGUGAUCGAUACAUUACCAGUAUGCAAAGUUCCUAUAGAACCAAUGAAGUCAUCGCCGCCAGCCAUUCGCUGCCUCGCUCUAGUGUACUGCAGCAUCUGCGACGUGGUGAGACAGGUGAACAGCAGCUUCGGGCUAGUGCUGGUGGCGCUGCUGCUGUCGCUGCUUCUGCAUCUCGUGAUCACGCCGUACCAUGUGAUCACCAAUAUAUUCAACGCCGAUAGGUCCGACUGCUCAAGCCCCAGUUUACAAGUCAACUGGGCUAUCAUGCACUUCAGCAAUCUAAUGCUGAUCAUAGAACCCUGCCACAGGACCCACGAAGGGAUGGAAUACACGAAGCACCUGAUCAGUCAGAUGACCCGCUUCACGCCCCCGAAGUACGACGCGCUGCUGACAGAGCUGGAGAUGUUCUUCCGGCACCUCAUGAUGAACGAGUUCACUUACGCGCCACUCAAGCUGUUCCCACUCAACAGGAUGCUAAUUGUCACGAUAUUGGGAAGCAUCACCACAUACCUGGUGGUUAUGAUACAAUUGUAGAAUUAUUUUUUCAAGACUAAUAAUCUUGCUGAAACAUCUAUAAUGUCAAUUAAAGCACUCAAGAAAGCACAACUACAAAAAUACACAACCCACUAAGAUGACGUUUUAAAUAAAUAAGUAUGCAUUUACAUGAAGACUUUUUCUUCUGUCCUUCCAGUAACGGUCGAUAUUUUUGAAUUGAGGAAACUAUUGUGUUUGUUUUUUAUCCUUA